AUGCAAGAUGUGCCUCGGGAUCGCUUUGUACGCCCCCUCCCGUCCUACCGCCGCUAUGCUCACCCUAACCUCUCCCUCUACCUACAGGAUACAGUAAUUGUCAUCAACCAGAUCGGUGUUUGCAUCCUACUCACCAUGCGCGUAUACGCGUUGUACAGCCGCAGUAAGAAGGUUCUAACCUUCAUGCUUGCUAUCGCUGCGGGGCUGCUGGGACUGGCUUCGUGGGCCGUAUCCGACCAAAUCACCUGGCAAGCGCCAGAUAUUCCAUCCUGCCACCGGCUUGCAACGAGGGGAUCCAUGAUUCGCCUCGCGGCCGCCUGGGAAGGCCUCCUCGCGUACGACUGCACCAUGCUCGUCCUCACUGUCUAUCAAAGCUUCCGAGGUCGCUCGUUGUGUAGGCAGGUGCCGGAGCCACUGCUUAGGGUGAUUGUGCGAGAGGGGGCCUUUUAUUUUGUCGUUAUGGGGCUCUGCAAUCUCGGGAAUAUCAUGACCUUUUAUGAAUACCUUCAAGGCUGCUUAGCAGGCUUCUCGAGCUGCGUCUCCCUCUCCGUCCUCUCCCACCUCAUCUUCCACCUGCACGAGACCGGGCACCGGCGAGCGCGCUUCCCCACCACCGGCACUCAGCGGAGCAGCACGCUCGCCAUCACGCACGAUAGCAAUGUCGUAUUUACGUCGCAUGUGACGGCGGAGUCGAUAGGGAUGGAUACGAUUGAGUGGGAUUGA